UCUUCCCUUUUUAUCUUUUCCUCUGUGGCCGCACAACACAGCUUUCAUACAAGGAGGAAAAAUGCAGAAAAACACCCCUCACAAGAGAAGGCUUGCUUAAUGUAUUUUUUUCAUCAUUUUGGAACGUUCUAUAUACCGGUUCUCGGUUCAACCGGUUCAGCCGGCUCAACCAACACGCAGUUUCAGUAGAUAGAAGUGAUUCUUAUUGAUGAAAAUCGAUUCUAAGAGGCCUAAACUUGAAAGACAUGAAUCGAGGGUUGGGAACAUGGGCUAAUGGAGCUGUAGUUAUCUUGGGUGGAGUAUUCACACUGAACAUAGCUUCUACUGCUACCCUCAAAGCGCUUCACUUCGCAUCUGAGAAGAAACGGAAAAAAGUUGCGUUGCCGUGUUUGGUUUGUAGAGGGAAGGGAUUCUACAUAUGCAAAUUGUGCAAUGGGAACGCCACCAUUGCUUGGUCUCCGAUGUAUGACCCUAUUGCAAUUAACCCCUGCCUUUGUCCUACUUGCGAAGGCAACAGGGUUCAACGUUGUCUGAACUGUUUGGGAAAAGGCUAUGAUUGAUAGUGCUGCAUUUCUUAUGAUUAUUGGUUAAGAACAAUUGAUUCUGAAGUUAGAAUUAAUUCUGUGAGUAGCUUGUAAGUUUUAGAAUUGAUUCUAAUAAUGAAAGAGAAGCUAAUCCAAACAUGCUAUUUACUUC